UCUUAACAUCUAAUGUCUUAAUUACAGUUUUCAUUGAUAUCAAUGUGAUUAAAUUGAACAUUAUGUUUAUCUGUUUUUAACAUUAUUACAUUUCUUUUUAUUGAAUGUUUCCAUUCAGUUGACCCAAUCAUGUAAUUUUCCUUAUUCCAUGGUUUCUCUCUUAAUGAAGUCAUCCUUUUUGUUAAUUUUUAACAUGAAAUAGUUAAAUUAUUUUUUUAUUUAGUGUUUUUUGUGUAAAUGGUGCUAUUACGUUAUUGGCAACCUUGCAUUACUCUUUGUUAUAAUUUAUAAUAUUUAUUUAUUGCAGUGCACAAUCUUAUUUUAUAUCGAACAACAAACCUUAUAACGCUUUUAACUUUCUCUAUUACUCUUCUUUCUUCUGAAAAUUUAUUGUUUUUAGCCUUUACCAUCAUGAUUUGUACCACUGAAUGUCUGAGUCUUCAUCAAUUUUGAAUAUUUGCUGGUUGUUAUCUGAACUGGAUGUAACACAAAACAAAGUAAACCUAUUUUUAUCCCGUGUUCAUUACUAUCUCUUUGUGUAGUUAUUAUCCAACUUCAAUUAGGACAAUGAAUAAUGAACCCAUUGUACCAUGGCAUUACAGUUUCCGAAUAAUCUUAAUUGGUGAUUCAAGUGUCGGUAAAUCAACUUUGCUCAAAGUAUUCACAAAAUCUAAUUUUACUGAUGAAGGAGAACCUACUGUUGGUGUUGACUAUUUUGCCACUAUUGUUGACCUUACCAAUGGCCUAAGAGUUAGACUACAAGCUUGGGACACAGCAGGACAAGAAAAAUUCAGGUCCAUUACCAAAUCUUACUAUCGUAACUCAGUCGGAGCCUUACUGCUUUUCGAUGUAACCCGGAGAUCCUCUUUUGACCAUUUAAUUGAUUGGCUUUUUGAUGUACGUCGUCAUAUCGAACCAAGCAAAGCAGUUUAUCAAAUUGUCGGCUGCAAGAUUGAUCUGGAAAAUGAGAGGGAAAUUUCAACAGAAGAAGGACAAGCCUUUGCUGAUUUCCAUAGUAUCAAGUACAUUGAAACAUCGGCUAAAACUCGGCAAAAUGUCGAUCAAGCUUUUAAAAUGAUUUCAGAACAAAUUUAUGCAAAAUUGAGGAGAGGAGAGUUUACUUUGAAUCCAGAAUGGGAUGGAAUCAAAGCUGGUUCAUUACACCUUUCCAGCAUUGUUAACCGAUCGACAAAUGGCUCGUUUAGCUCUAUCAGCGAUUCAAAUGGAUAUAGAAUUUUGAACAAUGACAAUCGACGACUCCGAGGAGCCGCUAACAGGAGUUCAAGAAGCAACCGAAGCAAAUGCUGUUGACGCACUUGGUGGCAAAAUACGAAGCAUUCAACUAUUAAUGAAGUUUAGUGACUUUGACUUAAUAUUUGCAUUGCUAAUGCAAAAAUUUCAAUCAAAUUAUUCACAAACUGUUCAUUAAUCUACUUGGCCCUGUGUGCAAAACAAUUUUUAACGAAUCUACCUUUCUUAGGAAAAUUCAAUUAAGGUAGAAAUUUUGAUGGAACACAUUUUCCUAAACUGACACCUUUGCUGGCGAAUCGCAUCCACGAUGUCCAAAUGAAGUCAAAUUUGGUAAAUAACAUUAUGAAUCUUGUUUGAAUUUGUAAUGAAAUUGAUUAUCAACACAUUAAUUUACUUUGUAAAUUAUUUCAUUUUUUACUAUCGAUGCGUCCAACUAGUGAUUUUUGUUAAUGCAAUUACGACUUAUUCCAUCAAUGAUUUGUUGUGAGUAAAUAUAUUAGCAAUGUUCUGUAUAACCGAUAAAUAUUCAUUAUAUUUUUAUCUAUUAGUGAUAACAUUAAUUUAAUAAAGCAUACCUAUUCAAGUUACUUUAA